AUGUGGUUGCAGCCAUUGUUCUUCUCGAUCGCGCACCGACACUUUGGGCAGACCUUAGUGUUGGCCAGCAUCCAGUUCGCCGUCUCCGAGUCAGACUUGUUCUUCGCAAGCCACGCGCGCACCGUGCCACACGACACCGGCCGGUGGGCCUCCUCGCCGCAGCUCCAGCAGAAGCCGUGCCUGCACUUGCAGAACACGUCCCGGCCCCGGCCACGGCGUCGACGAGGCCACCGACGACGGCGGCGGAGCAGGCCGGGUCCGGGCACCGCAGCGAGAGGCACCGGGGGCCGUCGCCCACGGCGGCACCGACGUACCCGCGCCAGCAGCCAUCGCAGUAGAAGUGGGAGGAGCACGACGCCGAUCUCGUCGCACCUGCGGGGUACCGGUCGAAGCAGAUGGCGCAGAUGA